UUGUUCAUCCCAACCAUUUGGCUCUCACAAAUUUUCGCCCUUGAAAAUAUACAGACUUUCAGUGACUCCCAAACAUAGCAAAAUCUCAACACUAUUAUUAUCAUAUAGGCAAACCCUGAAGUCAUAAGCCCUUUGUGGGACCCCAAACAAAUGUCCCGCCAUUUCAAAUGAUUCAAAAAACCGUUACAAACAACGCCCUCAUUUCUCUCACACAGAAAUGCAAAACUUUGAACCAACUCAAGCAAAUCCAUGCCCACCUCCUCAAAUCCCAACUACCCGAAAACCCGUACGCCAUAGCUCCGUUCCUAUCCAUUGCCGCAACUUCCAAAAACCGUUCUUUCCUUUCUUACGCUAGCUCAAUUUUUGGCCAUCUUUGUCACCGCAACACGUUCAUGUACAACACUAUGAUCAGAGGCCAUGUUCAAUUAAAUUCACCGAUACCCGCCAUUUUGUGCUAUCUUGACAUGUUGAAUUAUGACCUUUUGGCCAAUAACUAUACGUUUCCACCAUUGAUUAAAGCUUGUACGAUUUUAGUUUCUUCUUCGAAAGUCAUAGGUAGUUUAGUUCAUGCCCAUGUUGUUAAAUUCGGAUUCCGUGAUGACCCUUUUGUCGUUAGUGUGCUUAUUGAGUUUUACUCCGUAAAACAUGACAUGGGAACUGCAAGAUUGUUGUUUGAUAAAACUCCAAAUAAGGAUGUGGUUAUGUGGACAACGAUGAUUGAUGGUUAUGGCAAGAUGGGGGAUUUGGAAAAUGCGAGGACAUUGUUUGAUGAAAUGCCUCAGAGGAAUGUGAUAUCUUGGAGUGCGAUAAUGGCUGCUUAUUCUCGGGUUAGUGACUUCAAAGAGGUUCUUAGUUUGUUUAGGAAAAUGCAAGAAGCGGGUUUGAAGCCUAUUGAGUCGGUUCUUGUUAGCGUUCUUACUGCAUGUGCUCAUCUUGGUGCAGUCACACAAGGGUUGUGGGUCCACUCAUAUGCUAAGCGGUAUAAACUUGACUCGAAUCCAAUUUUGGCGACCGCAUUAGUGGACAUGUACUCAAAAUGCGGUUGUGUGGAAUCAGCUCUAUCAGUUUUUGAGAGUAUUCUUAAUAAGGAUGCUGGGGCAUGGAAUGCUAUGAUUUCUGGUGUUGCAAUGAAUGGAGAUGCAAGGAAGUCGCUGGAACUAUUCAAUCAAAUGGCUUCAACUGGAACUCAACCUACUGACACAACAUUUGUUGCUGUUCUUACAGCUUGUACACAUGCAAAGAUGGUUGAUGAGGGUCUUAAAUUGUUUGAACAAAUGGGUACUAUUUAUAGGGUUGACCCCCAGCUCGAGCAUUAUGCAUGUGUUGUUGAUCUUUUGGCUAGAUCUGGUAUGUUAGAGGAGGCUGAGAAGUUUAUAGAGAAGAAAAUGGGGGGCUUUGGUAGAGGAGAUGCGAAUGUCUGGGGAGCGCUACUGGGUGCAUGUAGAAUUUAUGGGAACAUUGAAAUUGGGAACAGAGUAUGGAAAAAGCUGACUGAUAUGGGGGUAGCUGAUUUUGGCACUCGUGUUCUUUCAUAUAAUAUAUAUAAGGAGGCUGGCUGGGACAUGGAGGCAAAGAAAGUCAGGAAAACAAUCUCGGAGGUGAGAAUGAAGAAGAAACCAGGUUGCAGUGUGAUAGAGGUGGAUGGCAAAGUUCAAGAGUUCCUUGCUGGUGAUCUUUGCCAUCCUUGUGCACAAGAAAUAUAUAAGAUGCUUGAUUUAUUUUCCAAAAUCAUGAGGUUAAGAGAGUUCUUUUAAUUAAUUUAUCGGUGAUUUUAACAAAGUGGCUACCCAUUUUGUUUGUUGUUUGUUUGUUCUUUUCUUCUCAAGAUAUAACAAAAAUGGAAUAAUGAAGCAGAG